GACAGAGACAGAGACAGAGACAGAGACAGAGACAGAGACAGAGACAGGGACAGGGACAGAGACAGGGGGCUGUGACCAUGGUGGAGGUGUUCUCCGGCCGGACUCUCCUCAAUAAGGACGGGGACUUCGUGGACCCCGAAGAGGCUCUGAGGAACAAGGUGGUGGGGAUCUACUUCUCCGCGGGGUGGUGUCCGCCCUGCAGGGACUUCACCCCCAUCCUCUGUGACUUCUACACCGAGCUGGUGGAGGAGGCGGAGCCGCCGGCGCAGUUCGAGAUCGUCUUCAUCUCCUCCGACAAGUCCACGGACGACAUGGUGGAAUAUUAUCACGACAUGCACGGAGACUGGCUGGCUCUGCCCUGGACGGACGAGUACAAGCACGAGCUGAAGCAGCGCUACAAGAUCACGGCGGUCCCCAAGCUGGUGAUCGUGAAGGAGAACGGCGACGUGAUCACCGACAAGGGCCGCAAGCAGAUCCGGGACCGGGGCCUGGCCUGCUUCAGAGCCUGGCUGGACGCCGCCGAGAUCUUCCAGAACUUCAAGGCAUGAGAAGCAGCGGCAGCCCGAAUCCCCCCGAGGAGGGCCGAGCUGCAGGCCAGGACCAGGCUGUUGGUCUGCACCUGGAACAGGAAGUGAGGCCCCGGCCUCAGUCUGCACUGUUUGUUUCAGAAGAGUGUUGUGUUUACAUGGCCACGUUUUGAAAAAGAUGUAUUUAUCAUGCCAGGCCAUGAGGUGGCGCUGUAGGGCGUUUUUAUAAUGGAACCACACACAUGCUGCAGAGAGCAGUGCACUGCAAACAUCAUCAACACGGAGCAUGUUCUCCACUGAUAAUGUUUAGAGUGUAUUGUCCCAGGAGGCUCUGGACCAGGACCAGGACCAGGAGGCUCUGGACCGGGGACCAGGAGGCU